GCGCGUCAAGGGAAGGUGUUGUUCCAUCCGUCAAUGACGGGGCUUCGUGUACUGUGUCUUAAUAAGUUAUUUUUGUUUAUUGCUCGUCGUGUAUGAGUAACCGAGGACGCAAACUGUGAGGGCGAUUUCUGCAAUGAAUGAAGAAAAUACUGAGACUAAAGGAGAACAAGAAGUGGAUCUAAUGGAGGAACUGCUUGAUUCUGCCGACAAUUUUGAUGAACUUAAUGAUGUUUCCGAUGAUAAAGCAAAUAAGAGACGAAAGAAGGCUGUGGAAACAAAAGAUUCACCCACCAAAACAGAAGAAAAUAAGGAUUUGGCUGCCAAGAGAGCAAAGCUGAAGGAACGUCAAGAUGCUGCACGUGCAAAGAGAGAAAGCAAGAAGAAGCUGAAGCCUCCUAAGAAGGAAGGAGAAGGUGCUGACACCAUUAUCUUGGAUAAUGCUGCUGAUAUAGCGACUUUGGAAGAUCUUUCUGAUAUAGAAGAUGAAGUCCAAGAAGGAAAUGCUAAUGAAGAAGAUGGAGAUAAAAUGGGCGAAGAAGGGGACAUGGAAUUUGACACACGCUCUGAAGCAUCCUCCGACCACCAGUUUACAGAUGAUGAACCAUCCAUGAGUGAAGCAUCUAGGGCCUCAUCCAUUUCAAGAGAAUCUUCAGGAGGGAAAGAAGUCCAGGAAGAAGAAAAAGAGGAUAGGAAGAGGAAGCAUAGUCUUUCUGAUACAUCACUGAAAAGUGUGGAAGAACCUCCUAAGAAACCAAAGGAAAGUUCAUCCAAAAAGAAAUACGACUACAUAACAAAAGUAAAUUACCUCUUCCGAGAUGCAAGGUUCUUCCUAAUGAAGAGUAACAAUGCUGAGAAUAUUCAGAUCUCCAAGUCCAAAGGUGUGUGGUCAACACCGCCACAAAAUGAGGCAAAGCUCAAUCAAGCCUUCAGGGAAGCCAGGAAUGUCAUUUUAGUCUUUUCCAUCAAAGAAAGUGGGAGAUUUUGUGGUAAGGAAUGGUUUGUGCUGCAGCUUAUACCAGCUAUAUAUGAAUGCCAGUAUCAAGACCUUUUUUUUUUUUUAUAGCUCUUAUGGGUGAUC